GCGGCGGUGACUUUGUGUCAGUCGGGGCCGGGACGGAGCCUCUGGCCUCUGGCUGGGCUUCAUCGAGGGUGGGAGUGGGAGACCAACUUCCCUUCUAGUCUGAGCCACCUAUCAAACUCCAACCUGUAGAAGGUGGAGGUCUUUUCACAGCGGCCAACAGUGACACGGUGGUUAUCUCUGUGGCCUGUCCUUGGGACGGCAAAGGUGUUACUUAAGUUAAAACUCCUUUGUGAAUCUAUUGGGAGGUGUGGGACUUCCAUCAAGAGGCGUUAGGCCUUUUAGAAACAUUUCCACCAUGUCUGACACUCAAGAAGCUACCAACCAACUCCUGGAUAUGAACCUUCAUGAGGAGAGCGAGAAGUCUGUGCCCGCAAUGGAAGGUGGCAUCAGAAGUGAGUCUGAGCAUCUCCAGGUCACUAUUGGAGCCACUGUACCCACUGGCUUUGAGCCAACCGCUGCAGAUGAAGUGAGAGAGAAAUUGAAGUCACCAUGCAGAAUCAGCAAAGACCGGGGCAAAAUAUAUUUUGACAUUGCAGUGGAAAGUCUGGCUCAGGUUCAUUGUCUGAGAUCCGUUGAUAACUUGUUUGUGGUUGUUCAGGAAUUUAAAGAUUACCAGUUCAAAAAUACAAAGGAAGAAGUUCUAAAGGACUUUGAAGAAUUGGCUGGAAAGCUCCCAUGGUCUGACCCUUUAAAAGUCUGGCAAAUUAACACCAGUUUCAAGAAAAAGAAAGCAAAGCGCAGAAAGGCAAGUCAGAGUUCAGGUCAAGAGAAGGCCAAUUGUGGACAAGGUGACAAAGCAGAAGAGACAGGUGGUAAGAAGCUUUCCAGCAGCACUUCAGAAUCCCAUAUCUUGGACUAUUAUGAAAAUCCAGCCAUCAAAGAAGAAAUAUCAACCUUGGUGGGCGAUGUCUUGGCAUCUUGCAAAGAUGAGAUUGGUGAAUGCUUAAGAGAAGAAACUGAGCCUCAAGUACAAAAGUUUAGAGUCACCUGCAACAGAGCAGGAGAGAAACAUUGUUUUACCUCAAAUGAGGCUGCAAGGGAUUUUGGGGGUUCUGUUCAAGAGUAUUUUAAGUGGAAAGCUGAUAUGACCAACUUCGAUGUAGAGGUUCUCCUGAACAUCCAUGAUAAUGAAGUCAUUGUUGGCAUUGCAUUGACAGAGGAGAGUCUCCAUCGCAGAAAUAUUACACAUUUUGGACCAACAACUCUUAGGUCAACUCUUGCCUAUGGGAUGCUCAGGCUCUGUGAACCUAAACCUACUGAUGUAAUAGUGGAUCCAAUGUGUGGAACAGGGGCAAUACCAAUAGAGGGUGCUACUGAGUGGUCUCACUGUUACCAUAUUGCUGGGGACAACAACCCACUGGCAGUGAACAGAGCAGCAAAUAAUAUCUCAUCUCUAUUGACUAAAAGCCAGAUUAAAGAUGGAAAAACAUCCUGGGGUUUGCCCAUUGAUGCUGUGCAAUGGGAUAUAUGCAACCUCCCACUGAGAACUGCUUCUGUUGAUAUUAUUGUAACAGAUAUGCCAUUUGGAAAAAGGAUGGGCUCCAAGAAGAGAAAUUGGAAUCUAUAUCCAGCUUGCCUUCGGGAAAUGAGCCGUGUCUGUAGACCAGGGACAGGCAGAGCUGUACUGCUUACUCAGGACAAGAAAUGUUUUACCAAGGCAUUAUCUGGAAUGGGACAUUUGUGGCGAAAGGUCCAUACGGUCUGGGUGAACAUCGGGGGCCUUCAUGCUGCAGUUUAUCUUCUAAAACGCACGCCUCAAGUCUUUAUUCAUCCUUCAGAACAAGAUGGAGAAAGACACCCUCCUUGGUAAAAGGAAAAAAAUGAAGAGGACUGUAGUAUUUAAAGUUCAUAAUGCUGGACAUGCAGCAUAAAGGACUUGCUUUGGAAGAAAAAUAACAGAAAAGUAACUUAGUAUUGCAGUCUUUACUGCUCAACUAUUCCAGACGCUUUUUUGUUAACAAGGUGAAGGUAAUGGUAAUUCCUGAGAGGGCUACAUUGCUUGGUUUGAGAACACUUCAGGCCAUGUUCUGUCAGCUGUGCAGCCUACUGUUCUGUAGCCUAAAUUCUUUAUGACACCCUCAGAAACUAAGAAUCCCUGCAGAUCUAUAGUUUACCAUCUGCCUUAAAAUGUAAAUACAACCAAAUCAGGGCAAAGAUGCUUUUAUGCGACUUACUAGUAAUAGGACAUUACUAAGUAGUAGAAGCGUCAGUAGAAGUAUGGGACCAACAAGGCAAAAUAAAAGGAAUUUUUCUUUUAGUAUAUGUAUUACUUUUCAAAGCCCAAUAAACAAUAAACCAAUCCUGUUAGUCUUUGUGGGGGAGCUAA